UUUUCAAGUAAAACUACAAGGCUUCGAUACGAUGUCAUCCAAUAUUAUUACUCUUAAUGAGUUUCAACUUUAUACGUACACAUAUAAAAGUCGAAGGGACCGUUGGAUGCGACACAGUUUGCUUUUUGUAGUGAAAACUUGAAGACAAUAAUAUGAAACUGUUAAUCAUCACCACACUCUUCGCUUUGGGAGCGGCCCAAAUCCCAUCAAGAAACUACAUCCCACAGAAUCAAGGUCACGGAGGACAGGGUGGCUUCCAAAGUUACCAUGGAUCCCAAAUAGACCCUGGCUUCAAUCUUGGAGGAGGUGGCAAUGGAAACCGAAGACCUCAACAAGAUGCUGAGAAGAAUGCUGCUACUUUGAAACAAGAUCAGGAUGUUGGUGAAGAUGGAAGCUAUCACUUCGGCUUCGAAACUUCAAACGGCAUCCGAGCGGAAGAAGCUGGUAACCCAGCCCAAGCCCAGGGUGGAUUCUCCUACAAAGGUGAUGAUGGCCACACCUACACCGUCACGUACACCUCGGGAGAAGGUGGUUUCAGACCUCAGGGUGAACACCUACCAGUUCCACCUCCCACUCCUGAAGCCAUCCUAGAAGCUUUGAGGAAGAAUGAACAGGAUGAAGCUGCUGGAAUCUUUGAUGAUGGUAAAUACCAUCCAGAACAACAUGGAGGCGGUCAGCGCAACGGGUUUGGAUCUGCGAAUCACCAGGGAGGCUUCAACGCCAACAGUGGUUAUCAAUACUAAUUUGAUAACCCUAUUCAUUGUAUUUGUCAAUGCAUUGGAUUUUAAAAUCUAUGAUAAAGACAAUAAGUAUCAAUUUCCUAAAUCUAAAUGAGGUUCUCAUAUCCAAAAUAUUGACAAAUGCAAUAAAACUGCAACAAAACUGAUUUUUGACUGUAAUUUAUAGUCAUUAGAUGUAGAUAUUAGUAGUAACACGAUGUUAAUGUAUAGAAAAUGUGAAUAAAAAUGUAAGAAUGAUAUUAUAAAGAAGAUCACAGCAA